AAAGAGCGCCCGAGAUCCCUUUCCCAGAGUGCUCUGCGCCGUGAAGAAGCGGCUCCCAGGGACUGGGGGCAUUUUGUGUUGGCUGGAGCUGGAGGAACAAGAUGGCGGCAUUGACGGAGUGACGGGGUCCCUCCGGGCCGGAGCCGGCGGCACUGGUGGCAUCGGUACCACCGCCCUAACUCACCGCGCCCCUUUCCCAGCCCGCAACGUCGCCGCGGACGCGAGACAUCGGCGGCCGCCCCAAAGCAACCGGCCGAGCGUCAGCCGCCGCGAUCACCCUUCACGAACCGCGGCCCGGCCCUCAGCGAGCGGCGGCGAUCCGGCUUCUCGCAGCCGACUCCGCGCCCCUGUAACGCCAACAAAGCCUCGCUUUUCGCUUGCCUGCCGCGCUCCGCAGUUUUACCGGGCGGAACAGACCCGGAGGCCUCCAUCCUCCCCCUAGAGGUGUCGGGGCUUCGCCCCCGCCUCCAUCUUCGCUUCUCAGGAUGGCGAGCAGCAGCGGCUCUAAGGCCGAAUUUAUCGUCGGAGGGAAAUACAAACUGGUGCGGAAGAUCGGAUCUGGCUCCUUCGGGGACAUUUAUCUGGCGAUCAACAUCACCAAUGGCGAGGAAGUGGCAGUGAAGCUAGAAUCCCAGAAGGCCAGGCAUCCCCAGUUGCUGUACGAGAGCAAACUGUAUAAGAUUCUUCAAGGUGGGGUUGGCAUCCCUCACAUACGGUGGUAUGGACAAGAAAAAGACUAUAAUGUGCUAGUCAUGGAUCUUCUAGGGCCCAGCCUUGAAGAUCUCUUCAAUUUCUGUUCAAGAAGGUUCACUAUGAAGACUGUACUUAUGUUAGCUGACCAGAUGAUCAGUAGGAUUGAAUAUGUGCACACAAAGAAUUUUAUACACAGAGACAUUAAACCAGAUAACUUCCUAAUGGGUAUUGGGCGUCACUGUAAUAAGUGUUUAGAAUCUCCAGUGGGGAAGAGGAAAAGAAGCAUGACUGUUAGUCCUUCUCAGGACCCAUCUUUCUCAGGAUUAAACCAGUUAUUCCUUAUUGAUUUUGGUUUGGCCAAAAAGUACAGAGACAACAGGACAAGGCAACACAUACCAUACAGAGAAGAUAAAAAUCUCACUGGCACUGCCCGAUACGCUAGCAUCAAUGCACAUCUUGGUAUUGAACAGAGUCGCCGAGAUGACAUGGAAUCUUUAGGAUAUGUUUUGAUGUAUUUUAAUAGAACCAGUCUGCCCUGGCAAGGGCUAAAGGCUGCAACAAAGAAACAGAAAUAUGAAAAGAUUAGUGAAAAGAAGAUGUCCACUCCUGUUGAAGUUUUGUGUAAGGGGUUUCCUGCAGAAUUUGCCAUGUACUUAAAUUACUGUCGUGGGCUGCGCUUUGAGGAAGCUCCGGAUUACAUGUAUCUGAGGCAGCUAUUCCGCAUCCUUUUCAGGACCCUGAACCACCAAUACGACUAUACGUUUGAUUGGACGAUGUUAAAGCAGAAAGCAGCACAGCAGGCAGCCUCUUCCAGUGGGCAGGGUCAGCAGGCCCAAACCCCCACAGGCAAGCAAACUGACAAAACCAAGAGUAACAUGAAAGGUUUCUAGGCGUGAAUUGAGGAAGAGAAGCAGCAGAGCAGAUGAUUGGAGCAGCAUUUGUUUCUCCCCAGACUAGACUUUUAGUUCAUAUGUACACUAGCCAGUGGUUGUGAACAACCAUUUACUUGGUGUAAAGAACUUAAUUUCAGUAUAAACUGGCCCUGGGCAGCAUUGCUGGUGCUGACCCUGAGCUGUAGCCGCUGUAAUUGUGAAUAUUAACUGAGGUAGUGAAACAUGGUGUCCGGUUUUCUAUUGCAUUUUUUUUUCAAGUGGAAAAGUUAACUAAAUGGUUGACACACGAAUUGGUGGAGAAAUUGUGCAUAUGCCAAUUUUUUUGUUUAAAACCUUUUAUUUUGAAAUAUACUGCUUUUGAGAUCUCUUUUCAGAAGAACGGCAUGAACAGUCUUCAGCCACAGUUGUGAUGGUUGUGAAUGUUCACAAUUGUGUGUUCUUAGGGCUUUCCAUCCCUGGGGUUUGCAAGUUGUUAACUUAAAACAUUCUUUAAAAGGCUGACUUCUUGUUUGCAAGCCAGCUGAUAUGGUAGCAACCAAAGAUUCCAGUGUUUGAGCAUUUGAAAGACUCUGCCUGCUUACCUGUGCUAGAAAUAACAGCAUCUAAAGUGAAGACUUAAGAAAAAAAAACAUAGCGACUACUAGAUUAUCCUUAGGACUCUGCAUUAACUCUAUAAUGUUCUUGCUAUUAUAAAAGCAUAUUUGUCACAAAUUUAGUUACCGUCUUACAACUGAACAUGUAUGUGUGUUGCUUAGAUAAAUGUAAUCACUGUAAACAUCUAUAUGAUCUGGGAUUUUGUUUUUAUUUUGAAAUGGGAGCUUUUUGUUUACAAGUUCAUUAAAAACUAAAAACUGUUUCUGUAAGGAAGUGAAAUUUUUUUAAACAAAAUGCCUUGGUGACUCAACAUGAAGUAUAUCUUAUCAAUUUUUUGUUUUAUGUUUUGAGACAGGGUCUCAUUUUGUGGCUCUGGCUAGCCUGGAAGUCACUAUAGACCAGGCUGGCCCUAAACUCCGAGAUCUUUCCCUCUCUGCCUCCCUAGAGUCCUGGGACUAAAAACAUGAGCCACCAUGCCCAGCUUUCCCUAAUUUUUUUGAUAGUUCACUGCAAGUCAUUGUUAUAUUUCUCUGCUGCGAAAGAUUUUUUUUUUUUUGUCUUAAAGAGAAGAGCAUCCUGUCCAUUAUUUUUUUUCCUAUGACUCACAGACAAUACCCAGUACUGCAGCUGCCAUAACUUUGGCAUUGACUCCUAUGGCCACUGACUAGCAAGCAGAUGGACUGAUUCUGAAUAAGAGUGGAAGUGUUAAAGGGUUUAAUAACUAUAUUACAAGAUAUUUUUCUUAAAAAUCCUUGUGAAAUGGCUCUAAGAGUGUCACACAGUGUGAAGUUAGUGAUCUUGACCCUCUAGCCCCGCUUCUGUAGGUACCUGUGCACGCUUCCUCAUGGUCUCUUUUGGCCACUUUUCUUUUUCCCUUUGAUCCAAACGAAGGGGGAACUUAAUUGACCAUAAUUUUUCAAAUGGUGUAAUUUAUUCAUUACAGCAUGUCAGGAUAAAUUAAAAAAUGCUUUGUCUGAAAAUGCUGCCAGGAGCUUAUUGUGUAAAAUACUCUGAAUUGUAAAUUGACACGUGUUUGAGAAGAUUGUUGGGAUUGAUUUGUUGUGGUGUUUUUUUUUUAAUUUGAACAGCAAUAACUAAUUCCAUGAUUGCCACAUUAUGUUAUGAAGAGUUGUAUUAGUACCAUAAAGCUAAAGAAGGCUUAGUGAGGUGGGACUGGUGGGUGGCAGCUUCUGUUUCUUUUCUAACCAUGCUUGUCAGUUAAGGUGUUUGUUUCUUGACUAAUAAACCCUUUGAUACUUUUAGCCAGAAAUCAGUCUCAUAAAGCUAUUUUUGAGUAUAGUUUGUGUAAGAUAAAACUGUUCAGCUUUGGUUAUAAAUUUCCAGGCUGAACUCCCUCUCUAGCAAGAUAUUUUUCAGUGCUUUUAUUUACUAUGCACUUAGACUAUGCACUUUUUCUGAAAUAUUUUUGUAACACUUUUUUGUAUUUUUGCCAUUUGAAAAGGUGUGUCAUUGGUCUGUAACUAAGUUGCAGGUUUGAAACUGCUGUCAGCUUUGUGAACCAGAGCAGAAAUGUUUUGUUUCGGGUGUGUUGUCUGUCUGCAGCUGGAGCUGGAAUCCCACUGAUCUUCUAGCUACCUUUCGUUUUCCUCACAGUUCACCAAGAAGAGCAGAAGUUCAGUGAAUGCUGUUACUAAUCCUGUCUGGAAAUGAAUCUCAUUUCACCAAAAUUAAUUAUGUUUUUCCACUAAAAUGAUGGUAUAUGUUGAAGACACAUCACUUUGAAGUUGGAAGACCUCACCACUAAAGGCUCCACAGUGGCUGACUUGGCUGAACUCUAGGUUGCCACUCUUUUCUUUGUUCACCCACUGGGUGAUGCAGCUUUUUUAAAUGUUGGGAGAUGGCCAUUCUAACUACUGUUGAAUGUCUCUGUUUGGGGAAGGUAUAAUAAGAAAAUAAAAAAGAAUAUAUAUGAA